CACGUUGGUACCUCCCUGAGCGAACGCAGCUCACUGUCGUGCAGGUGUUUUGCAUAAGGGAGCUCCUCGCUUUCGCCUUAACAGUGUGCCAGACGCUACCUGAAGUCAUGGCUGACCAGGUGGCCGCCAUGUGUGAUCAGCUUGUCAAAGCUGUGAAUGUGAUGAUGGAUGCAGAAACAGGACAAAUUUACCGACUGGAGGCCCUAAAGUUUUGCGAGGAGUUUAAAGAGACGAGCACCCUCUGUCUCCCAUGUGGCUUGCAAUUAGCCGACAAAUCGCAGCCAGCUGUAGUGAGACACUUUGGUUUGCAAAUCCUGGAGCACGUCAUCAAGUUUCGAUGGAACAACAUGCAACAACAAGAGAAAGUCCAGUUGAAGGAGUGUGCUAUGCAGCUGUUAUCAACUGGCACUCAUACCAUCCUGGAGGAGGAGAGCCACAUCAAAGACGGCCUGUCACGAAUCACGGUGGAAAUGAUAAAGAGAGAAUGGCCUCAACAUUGGCCGGAUAUGCUGAAAGAGAUGGAGGCUCUCACUAGCCAUGGAGAGGCACAGACAGAGCUGGUGAUGUUGAUCCUGUUGAGGCUGGCGGAGGAUGUGAUCACCUUCCAGACUUUGCCCACCCAGCGACGCAGAGACAUCCAGCAGACGCUCACCCAGAACAUGGAGAGCAUCUUCAGCUUCAUGAUGGCCAUUCUGCAUGUUAAUGUCGAGGACUACCGUAAACUGAAAGGGUCUCCUGGACAUGAACUACAGGCCAGAGCUCACUGUCGAGUCGCUGUGGCUACGCUCAAUACACUGGCAGGCUACAUUGACUGGGUGUCUCUGGUGCACAUUACCUCUGGAAACUGUCAUCUGCUGGAGAUGUUGUGUUUGCUGCUGGGUGAACCGGACCUGCAGCUGGAGGCAGCAGAGUGUCUGCUCAUCGCCAUCAGUAGGAAGGGCAAGCUGGAGGACAGGAAACCCUUCAUGCUGCUGUUUGAUGAUGUGGCCAUCCACUACAUCCUUUCUGCAGCCCAGUCAGCAGAUGGACUGGCAAUAUGUAAGAAAUCCCCUGAAUCACAAGCAGUGGAGGUGGUGGAGCGGCGUUACAUCUUCCUGAAGAGGCUGUGUCAGGUGCUGUGUGCUCUAGGAGGCCAGCUCUGCUCAUUAGUGGGUUCAGAUGUUGAGGUCGAAGUACCUGCAAAUCUCAGCAAGUACAUGGAAGCCCUUUUAGCCUUCACUACACAUUCCAGUCAGUUUUUAAAGUCGUCCACUCUGGCAACCUGGGGAGCUUUGUUCAGACAUGAGACUCUAUCAAAGGACACGGUUGUUGUGGAAAUGGCCAUCAAAUACCUCAGAGCAUCUAUGACCAACCUAGUCAAGACUGGAUUUCCAUCUAGAAACGAUAACCCAAGUUGCGAGUACUCUCGUGUGGACUUUGACAGCGACGAGGAUUUCAAUUCAUUCUUUAAUUCUUUUCGAGCGCAGCAGGGAGAGGUGGUGAGGAGUUCGUGUCGUAUCGUUCCUCUGGAGGCUUUCCAGAUAGCAGCAGAAUGGUUACAGUAUCAAAUCACCAGUCCCAUUGAUACUGGGGCUACCACAUCUAAGACUGCUGAGGGCCUGUGCUCCCUGCUUUCUCCAUCAGUGGUCCAGUGGGACGCAAUGACCGUCUUCAUGGAGUGUAUGGUCGCACAGGUUUUCAAAAAUGUGGAGGAGGAGAAGUUGCCCAUAGAUCAGAGCAUGGAGCUGCUGCAGGCCGUGCUGAACUACGACACCAAAGACCCACUCAUCUUGUCCUGUGUGCUCACCAACGUCUCUGCCCUCUUCCCUUUUGUCAUACAAAGACCGCACUUCCUGCCACAGGUCCUUUACAAGCUGUUUAAAGCCAUCACGUUUGAGAUUGGUCAGGAAAACAAGGCACCUCGGACCCGAGCUGUAAAGAACGUGAGGAGACACGCCUGCUCUUCUAUCAUCAAAAUAUGUCGGGAUUACCCACAGUUCAUCUUGCCUUGUUUCGACAUGUUUUACAAUCACGUGAAGAAGCUGUUCUCGAGCGAGGCUGCGCUCACUCACAUGGAGAAAUGUUCACUGAUGGAAGCUUUGGUGCUCAUCAGUAACCAGUUCAAAGACUUUGCAAAGCAGACGGCUUUUCUAGAUGAACUGAUGGCCUCUGUGGUUGCAGAAUGGACCUCGGAGGAGAUAAGGCACGUGUUGUCUGACCCUGCUGUGUUCCUGUCCUUUGUUGGUGCUGAUCAGGUGGUCACAGAGCAAAGUAAAGACACAGACACAACAGGACUCAACAGGGGGCGGUUGAGUUUCUGCCUGUACGCCAUGUUGGGUGUGGUGAAGCGGGCACGCUGGCCUGCGGACCUGGAGGAAGCCAAGGCCGGUGGCUUUGUGAUGGGCUACACCCCUGCAGGAGCUCCAAUAUACAGAAACCCCUGCACUGCCCAGUUUCUGCUGUUGCUGCCCAACCUGUUGGCUCUAAUCAGGACCCACAACAGUCUGUACAUGCCAGCGAACAUGGCUCGUCUGAGUGAGACCUUCUCCAGGGCCCAUGAGGUGAUGGAUGCAGAGAAAAAUGUGGUUCUUGGUCUCUCUCAGCAUCUUCUGGAUAUUUAUGACUCUCCUGUGUAUAGAACAAACCUGGAGCGAAUGCAGGGAUUUUUCUCCACAUUGUAUGACAACUGCUACCAUGUGCUGGGAAAUGCAGGUCUGUCCCUGCAGCAGGACUUCUACACCAUUGAGAGGUUGGCUGAGGAAAUAACUGGCUCUGCUUUUGUCACUCUCGACCAUGUGCCUGACCACAGACUUCGCCCUAUGAUUCGGGUGUUUCUGAGGCAGUUGGUGCUAUCCUGUCCUCAGGAGUACUACAACAGUCUACUCUGCCCCCUGCUGGGACCUCUGUUCGCCUACAUGUUGCAGAGACUCAACGUUAAGUGGCAGGUCAUCAACCAGAGGACGUCUGUCAAUGAUGAGGAUGAGGUGGAGGUGGUGUGUCAGGAGAGCCAGGUGACGCAGGAGAUGUUGGAGGAGCAGCUGGUGCGCCUGCUCACCAGGGAGGUGCUGGAUCUUCUCACUGUGAGCUGUAUUUCCAAAAAAGUGCCUGAACAAGCAGCAAAUAAGGAGGAAAUAGAUGAGGAAGACAUGAUGAUGGAUUCAGUGCAGGCGGCGUCUCCUGCCCAGCCCACAGAGGAGCUGACUGAGCUGGGGAAAUGCCUGAUGAAACACGAGAACAUCUACAUGACCCUGUUGACCCUGUCCUUCACCUCUCUGUCAUGGAAGGACACCACUAACUGUCACCGCACUGCUUCCAUGGUCUGCUGGACACUUCUGCGACAGGUUGUAGGUGGUAAUCUUCUCCCUGAGGCGGUCACAUGGUUUUAUACCAGUGUUCUUAGGGGCCUUCAGAUUCACGGGCAGCAUGAGGUCUGCAACUCUGCCCUCUCUCAGCUGGCCAUGCUCAUCUAUGAAAACCUGCGGCCUCGCUACAUCGAGAUGAGAGCAGUGAUGACACAGAUCCCAAACAUCAGUGCGGAGGCUCUGGACCAGUAUGACCACAGGCUCAUUGACCCCAACGCCCAGAAGGUUGGAGACAAGAAGAGGAAAGACCAGUUCAAGAAACUAAUUGCAGGAACAGUUGGGAAAGCUCUGUGCCAGCAGUUCAGGAAGGAGGUUCAUAUCCGGAAUCUUCCAUCGCUCUUUAAAAAGCCGAAGCCAGACAAGGAUGUAACGAACAGUGAAGCACUGGGCCUGGAAGCUCUCUUCUCCCCGGAGAAUAAUACCCUGUAGGAGCACAUAGUGGUUCUAAUGGACUUCAUACUGACUGAAGAUGGAGUUAUGUGUACAAGCCAGGGUUUCCCUUUGCCAUCCUCCAGCUGAGGCAGUGCGGCUCUACCUAACAUAACUGUCAACACUCAAUAGGCCAUAUUACUUUUUAUUUCAACCCUCUGUGUGCCACAGCACCACUCACACUCACAAGUAAUAACUUUCCUCUGGUCGUUUGUGCAGGCAAGUAUCGCUCAGUAGAGCCCUUUUAAAAAAUGCCAUUGCACACCUUUUCUUCAGCUCCCUUUCUUAUACCAAUAAAGGCGGUAUAUGAGCUUUGGAAAUUUGUAGUAAAUAUUUCAGGUUAAAGACUGUUCUGUUUCUGUGUUAGAUUAUGUGAAUAGGUAAUCUUAAAAUGGCAGACUGACCAUUCAUUUUUGCUGUGGAGCAGAAGCUUGAUUGAGCCACAAAACUAUCUUAAACAGGACUGUAUCUAGCGUUUCUGAUAUUGGCCCUUCUGCAAAGGGCAAUAUUAUAAUAUUGUCCAGCAUCAUGCACACUAAGCUCGCCAGAUUUAUGAGACGAGGGAAUCAAACUUAGGAGCCCAGCUCUGGUUUGAUAGGAUAAUAAUAUCCAAAUGAACGAAACCAGUAUAAACAACAGCUUUUUGAUUUAUUUUUUAACUUCAAAAAAAUUAAAAUCAGAGGUCAGUGUUGGCAGGUAUGUCGUGUGACCACGCUGCUGCUGUCGAGGUGGUUAUAUUCUGCGCCACGAAGAAGAAAA